AAUGUGGAAAGUUUUUGUAUUUGUAUACAAUACAAUUUGUAUUUGAAUGUGUUGUCUCUUGGACGUAGUUCAGAGCAAUCUCACACAGCCCAGAUGAAGAGAUGUUAAACCACUAACUGCCAGGGAAUCCCCCAUCUUCCCUGAAACACACACAGCAGAACAAAGUGGAGUUUCGGGAUGUAGUUGCAAUUGUUUUUCCACCAGAGGCCGCAAGUGUUUCAUUUUUAUUGGGCGAUGGUCUGCGUUUCUACACAGACUGUCUGACAAACAGAUGUUGCUGGUAAGUGAGACUUUUCCACAAACAAAACGUAUGCCAGAGAUCUUUUUAACAACCCUGAAAGAGACUACGUGUGACUGAAACAACAACAACAAAAAUGUUGGGAAAGGCAAAAAUAGAGGAUAACAAUGCUGUUGGGUGAUAACUGUCCAGUCCGAUGUGGUGCUGAAAUUCUGCAUCUGCACUCUGAGCUGGGUUUUACUGGACAACGUGAUCCAUGAGUUAAAAACAACUACCAGCGUAUGAAACCAAAGAAUGCAUUCAUAGUGGAGUUAAAGAGACUUCCCAGACUUUUGAAUUUUCAGAAGUCAUAAUCUGUCAUGCAAACUGGAUCCUGCGGAGCUCUGAGUUGAGAGGUAACUCUGGACGCCUUGCGUGUCAUAAACAUGAUGUUUGCUUUUAAAUGAAUCGCGUCCCUGCGCUUGCUUUAUAAUUGCCAAUUAUUGUGCUCAGAGACACGCUUGCAAUUUAUUUUUCUCUGUAAAGCUGUAGCCUGGAUACAGGAGAGAGCGUCCUUGGUAUUUGUGAUUGUAAAGAGCUGGAGGAGAAAGAUGGCCAAGGGGGGAAGACUGAUAAUUUGAAGACUUGCCAGGGGUACAUUGUCAAAUUCAAAAGGCAUUUCAAAGAACCAAACCAUUCACUUUUUUUUAUUCUCUCUCCUUUUUUUCCUCUUCUUUCGCUGUCUUUUUUUCUCCUUUCUUUCUUUUCGCACGGUUGCAGGCCGUUUGAAUCGACCAAUGGGCCUUCAAGUUAGAGACAUUGGAAUGUAAAUGAGCCCAGCGCGUGCUCCCGGCGCAGUGAAAGCUCGGGAUUGUUUAUUGAGCUCCCGGAGCCACGCGCCUGGCCCGGGGGAGUCGGCGUGCAGAAGAAUCACACAGCGGGGGCGGGGCCUCGCGACGAAGCGUGCGUCUCCAAAAAGGGGUGGGUGGGGUGUGUGUUGGGGCGCGUGUUGAAAAAGAGGAGUGCUGCCAAAGUUUGGGUCAGAUCGGCUCGUGGAGUAAGCAGUCAAGAGAGACUUGGACUAGAGUUAGCCACACGGUCCCCCACGCGAAAGACACGAGAGCUGUACACUGCCAAACCCUUUCCGCUCUUCUUGUCCCACUGUUAGAGGCUGCGCUCGCCCCUCUGCAUCCAUCACUUCAGACGAACUGUCAGCGAGAUGGAAACUACGACCAUCACCACCACGCAGACUGCAUUCACCUUUGGACUUACUGAAAGACGCGCCAGCCUCAGCCUGCACGCUCCGGCGCAGGACUGCACUGUCCCAACCGUGCUCCCCAACACCACCAGCGCUGCCGGCUUCCAAAGCAAAACCAAGGUGCUGAAGAGACAGCGCUCCAGUUCGCCGGAGCUUCUGCGCUGCAAGCGGCGACUGAGCUUCAACGGUCUCGGCUAUUCCAUCCCUCAGCAGCAGCCAGUGGCCGUGGCCCGGCGGAACGAAAGAGAGAGGAACCGGGUCAAACAAGUCAACAUGGGUUUCCAGACGCUGCGUCAACAUGUGCCCAACGGCGCCGCCAACAAGAAGAUGAGCAAAGUUGAGACCCUGAGGUCUGCGGUGGAGUACAUCAGGGCUUUACAGCAACUUCUGGACGAACAUGAUGCCGUGUCAGCUGCUUUCCAGUGCGGGUUGCCAUCCCCGACUCUUUCCAACAGCUACUCCGCCGACCCGGAGUCACCUCACUCCACCUAUUCAUCAGAUGAAGGUGGUUAUGAGCCUCUGAGCUCUGAGGAGCAGGAGCUGUUGGACUUUACAACCUGGUUCGACAGGUAUUGAGGCUGGACAGCAUCCAAACCACACAGCGGCUGUGCGUAAAAAAAAGCGGCUGAAAUGCGCUGACAAAGACUUGAUAAAGGCAUCAGAUCAGUCUUGCCCUCCGUGCUGGGAAGUGAUCUGUUGCCUCCCUCCCUCACCCGGGCUGCUUCUGCAGGAGCAAAGCAAUAGUGAGAAAGAGAAAGAGAGAGAGAGAGUGUGUGUGUGAGAGAGAGGGAGCCUCUUGUUGCAUAGAGCAUGAAGACCCUGAAGUCCCCCACAAGGAGGAGGGAGUUGUACUCGGUGUCACGUUGACGCGUGGAAGUAAAGAACUGUUGAUGUUAUGUUUGAAUAAGUGCAAUUAAUACGUGACACAGCAGGCUCUGCAGACACGGUGCUGCAGCUCCAGAGGACUUGUUUGAUGAGUGUUUCAUCAGAGCAGGACUGCCUUCCUCAGCUGCCACGUCUGUUGGAAAAGGCACAACACAACAAAGAUGACGCGUCAACAGACAGACAGUUUCCGUGAUGUACAUGCCCCCCACCCCCCACCACAAUUUCAUAACAAAAUUGUAUAAUACAACAAAUUGUUUUAACAUGAAGACAUAUUUUUGUACAUUGAGUCAAACAAACAAUGUUCUUGAACAAACAACAGUCACUGCCACUUUUCCUGACAGUGUUUUGAGAGCCAGCUGUCAGUGAGGCAGUGAGAUGGCAUGUAUGAGUUGUGUGUGACUGGACAGCAAUAUCAAGGCUACUACCUGUGACAGAUUGUAGUUGUUUUGUUAUUUUUCAAAUAGGUGGUUAUAAGGAGACAUUUAUUAAUGUAUGCACUUGUUCUCCGU